AUGUCGCGUUUCCUGACACCAUCUAAAAUAUGCAUACUCCUCCUGGUCCAAUUAUACCGUGAUGGAAAUGUGCCGUCCAAAAGUACGAUACCACUCUUGUCAUUCAUUUCCAUGCACACAAUUCACAGGUCACCACUCAACACCUCGAAUCAAAAGCCAUUGACUCCGCCAUCCAUCGAGGAUUUUGAGACUUUGCUUCAAUCUCACGAAUCAGCUGUUCCUGGAAGAUCUUUGUACCAUCUCUUCGUAGAUCACCUUUGGGCUGUGCACGAUUUUGUCACGUUCACUGCUUUUAUUCAGGACCAGACUUCGGUAACGGCUUCGCUCCAAGAGCAGACCGAGGGCAGCAGGGCCAAGUUUGUAUGCAGUCCGACGAGUCCGAUCGGCCAAUUCGCCCGAAGAUGUCACUUGGAGUCUGUAAGAUUGCAAUUCAGUGAUGCCUACCAGUUGUGGGAGGAUCUAGUGGUACUUCGCGAACCUACUAGAGAUGGCCAUGUUGAACGGAACCCAAGGUCAGCUUAUGCUAGCUACCUGCCGAAUGCAGCAUCAGCAAACUUGCUACAACUCGAGCAAUCUAGUGCUUCCGCUAUCCUCCUGGACAGGAUGAACAAACAGGAUGAUCGGCCCUCUGUACCAUCAAGUCUGGACGAUGUGGAGAAAGUGCUACAUUUUCAAUUAGGCCAGUUACAAAAGUUUGGCAGCAGAGUGUCAGACGAGAUGAAGGCCGAGUUGAGGACGAUGGUAGAACAAGGAGCGUCAAAGCCUUCCGACAUGCACUUCAUCAAUUUCUUUGAUGCUUGGAGAAGCGGUGCAUACAACAAGGCUAUCGAACUUCUUCAUCGUUACUUUGACUACACUAUGGAGAGCCAAGGCACAGAUCACAUCAAGACAUAUCACCAAUACGCUCUGCUUCAUCUUGCGGUCCUGCAUGCAGAUUUCGGAUGCUACGGUGAGGCUAUCUCAGCCAUGAAUGAGUGUAUCGCGACGGCUCGUGAGAAUCAAGACGCCCGUUGUCUGCACUUCAGUCUUUCUUGGCUUGCCCAUCUGCGAAAGGCAUAUCCCGAGUUCUCUCGUCUUGAGAAUGGCGGUGAAGGGAGCGAGCUAGCAGGGAACGAGAACGACAUCAUCACCUUCCUGCAACAGAAAGCAGUUGAGAAUAAGGAUUGGGCGACUCUUAGUAGCUCACUGCUCAGCCAAGCUGAAGUCAUCGUCGAGAGUGGCGGCAGUGUGGCCAGGGCUCUGGAACAAAUUUACCAGUCGAGCUACCUCAACAGCUUGCACAAUGUCGCCAGCAUGAUACCCAGCCAACUUCGACUUCACUCCGCAAUCUUCAACAGACUGGGUCAAAUGCCUCUGGCAGAACAUUACUGCAAAGUCAUGUACCACAUCUUUAGUCAAGAUGCUUCGAGACCAGAUGUGCUCAACGUAGUGCUCCAGAGUGCGCAUAUGCAUAGCAUAUUGGGUCAGUAUGAAGAAGCAUACGAGCUUCUGAGGCAGAACGACCCGUCGAAGGAGAGAACGCUACGUCUUGAAAAUACAUUCAACGCGUUUGCCGCCAUGAUCAGUCUCAGGCGUGCUCUUCACCACAAUGACUUCUUCGUCGCGGAAGAGUUUCUGCGUCAGCUGAAACCCAUAAGACAGACCGCAGAUGCAGGAGUAGUCUUCGAAACGCACGUACUUGAGAUUGAACUCUUGAUGAAGCAAGGAAAACUCGCAAGUGCGUUUGAUUGUAUCGAGAAGCAAGUGGUGGAAGCAAAGGCUGCCAACAGUGCGGAUAUCGUGCGCCGCAUCAAGCUACUAAUUCUCAAGGCAAGGCUUUUUGCAAAGGCAGGGCUGCCGACCAAAGGAUUCAGCAUAGCAAUGCGAGCAGCUUCGUCGGCCCAAAGAGCCAUGAUCAUGCCAGCAAUGUGGGAGGCAGUCGGAGCUCUUUGCGUGAUCCUGAUCGACCUGGGCGAGUUCGGCGCGGCAAGGAGCCUGGUGGACGCUAUCAUGCCUCAGGUCCUGGAAGGCGGCAACACCACUACGAUCGCGCAUCUCUAUAUGAUACUUACGGACUCUUAUGUAGGUCUGGCUGGCAAGUCAGCUGAAUCAGACCAAAGGGAAAGCUCAAGUCACAUCGAUGCCGCGUUCAUCUACCUUGACAGAGCAAAUGAAGCAUACAUCAAAGUAGAAGACCUGGACGGCACUUUGGAGAGUCUGAUGAAGAAAGCGAUGCUGUACAAGCACAGAGACGAUGAGGACAUGGUCGAAGAGAUGGAUCGUUUGUACAACAGUACGGUUCAGGAGGCAGAGCGAAAGCAGUCAGCUAUGCACGGGCAAAACAGUUGA